AGACCACGGCACAUCAUGGCUCUACUAAUACGAGAUCUACAUCAAAUGGUUUAUUGUCGAACCAUCGACGAUAGCUGGCGUGAUUUUAGUUCAGUAAAUGAUACAUUUUGACUCGGAACACUAUUCCUACUUCUCUUUAAUAAAUUAAUUUCACGUUCUGUACGCGUGAAGAACAUUGUAACUGAUCCGUGAUGGAUGCUACGUUUACAAUACGAACAAAAAAGCAAAAAUUGGAUUCUGAAGCAAUCUCCGAUUUCGCUCAAAAAGACUGCUUACCACAGAAGAUCGACCGUCAACCGGCAGACCCGCCGCCAUAUAAUGUCAACGACGAAGAUAAGCGGGAAGAUUUAAACGGGGCAGGGGAUGAACAGCACUCACCGGCACCCCAAACUCCGGCGAAGACUAAGAACGGAGAUGGCUCGCCUGUUGCCGCAGAGCAAAACAGCAGUGGGUUUGGUGACGAAAUCGCACCUGACGAUGACAUCAAAAGCAGUGAUUCAUCAUUAGACGAAGAUAAUGCCAAUCCAAAUAUAUUUCCCCCAAUAUUUCAGACAGAUAAUCUUACGCUUGAUGAACGCCUCCAAGCUUAUUCAAAUAUCUUCCUUACCAAAUCUGAAUAUGGAAGCAGCUUUGAUAUUCAUCAGGAAAUGUAUUGGUUUUUAACAGAAACAGUCCUCGAGACAUGUUGGACAGGGAUCUGGAAAGUCGAUGACAACUGUGACGUUGUUGUUGAGGUUGACAGUGCUCCACAUCCAGCUAGUAAACAGCAGCACCUGAAGGCCAAAGUUCAUUUGAGUGAGCCCUUCCGAUCAAUACUUGAUGGAGAUCCCUGUACAGAGGAGAAGCCGGAUGAGAAAAGUGAGGUGGAAAGGAAGAUAAGUGCACUCCUGGAGCAGUCUGAGGGACUUGUGGACUUCACUGAUCUCUACCCCAUCUUUAACAAAACUGGCGUGCUUGACAAUACUGCCCUGGCCAUCGAGCAUGCAAGGUUCUUUUACCAAAAUCUCUGGAGACCUAUGGAUGACGAGGAUGAGACUAGCGGGUCCACAUACAUGGAUAAAUACCUCAAGCCAAGACUACAAUUCACUUACGAUGUCAAGGAGAAGCACAUCCCAGCCCACAUUGUAAGGAAGCAUCAGAAGGCACUAUCAGAAUGCCUGGACAAGUAUGAACGCAUCACAUCGCUCCAGGGACAGCUUGGAGAUAGCGAUGGAAGCGAUGAAGACGGUGGAGGACUGGACAUGAAUGAGAGCUGCAUGGCAGUCGACAUCAUGGCCCUUCAUGAGGAGGUGGAGGUUCUCAAGAUGAAACUGGAGAGGCUAGAGAACCCACUCUUGAGGUCCUUGAUGGAUAUCCCAAGUGGAAUAUUAUCAGAGAGGAGGUCUAUAGGAAGCCAGAGUAGAGAUGACAGCUCACUCAAGACGUUUCUAGUCUCUCAAACAUUGACCGCCGGUAUGAUACAGAAUCUCAAUCUAGGUCCUGAUGUGGUCUUAGAGCACUGUAGAUCACCAGGAGAAGCUCUGACAAAGUCUUGCAAUGGUGAUACCAUCUUAAUCUUUCCUGGCUCCUACACUGGUGAAAGAUUCUACACCCUUCAACAGUCAGUCACUAUCAAGGGAGUAGGAAAGAGAGGGGAGGUUGUCAUCAGAUGUGAGGAGUUGGCUGACAUCUUCCUGGACUGUGACGUAUCUGGUGCAAUCAUCUCCAACCUGACCUUAGAAGAUGAUAAUAGCGCCACCGCUGAGGGCCUUGUUGCUGUGCGUGCAGGAGGCAGCUUGGUGAUGGAUGGGUGCAUGCUUAGGAGUGGAGGGACAGGGGUUAGCAUCUUCAGGGGAGGCACUUUGGAUAUGACAGGCUGUGAGAUCAAAGAUAUCCAGAGGAAUGGGGUAAGGUGCAAGGCAGGUUCAUCCGUCCGCAUCUCUGAUACAGACAUCUAUCACUGUGGCUUAGACCAGGAUGAUGAGGUGGAUGGCAAAGAGAAUCAAGAAGAUGAUGACAAUGCUGCUAUUACUAAGGACACUCUGGUGGCAGGCAUAUCGGUUGAGAUCCAGGAGAAUGAUGAGAAAGCCAAUGAGACGAUUCUCACCAUCAUCGAUACCAAGGUCCAUCACAACCAAGGUGCAGGAAUGGCAAUCCUUGUUGCCUCAAAUCGAGAAGAGGAACCAGAACCUAUUACAGCGGAUAUCAUUGGGUUAAUCUCUGGUAUAGAUGUUCUUGAUAUGAAAAAUAUUGAAUUCAGUAGUAAUGUACUUGGAGAUGCUAUGCUGGCUCGUUUUGUGGAUAAUUAGGAAACCCCUUUUCCAUGGGGUAGGAGGGGAAGGGACGAGUGUCUGUGUUCUGCUUUCCUUAUAAGAUUUUGCCUCGUUUACUUUUUUUCUCCAAACUUAACCAGUCUAUGCUUGUGUGUACUCAAAUAUGUAUUGCUUAUAAAUCUGUUAAAUGGUCAGAUUAAAAUUAAUUUUUGUUCAGUUUAUUAGAUCAAAUUAGCCGCAGGCCGUCAUAACAUUGUUUCACAUCAACUGUACAUUGGUAUUAUUGAUGGAUUGUAUCAUGGAUAUACUAGCGACACAAGAUAUGCUACUCCCCAACCCAUGCCCCAAGGAAAAAUUGUGUUAUAUUGAGGCCUGACAGAUAAAAAGGCACACACACAAAAAAGGUGACUCGAUCCUGCCCAAGAAGGUAAACACAGCGAUAAGUUGAAGUCCGGUCCAUGGAGCUGAUUACCGUAGUAGAUGGACAUUCUGGCUGAUUUUAUGUUGAAGCCAGUGAAUUUCUGAACAAAACAAUACCCAACUUGCUUCAUUCAGACAUGUAAUGAGUAUCUCACUCUACUUUGCAUUAGUUCAUAAUUAAUUUAAUAACCAUAUAUCAUAU